CACCAUUCCCUCCAAUUUAACACGAGAGGAGCUUCUCCACAACAAGUGAAUGCGGUGAGAAACAGUCAUCAGAAGAAGCAGCCGGCAUUUAAGUAGUCGCUCACGUUAAGCAGCAAGCCAACAGAAUAUCUACUGUGAAACAGAAAUGUCUGAAGAAGGUAAACGAAACACAGAAAAUGAGGAUUCUAUUGUCCAUGUGUAUGACAACCCAUCAUUCCAAAAAGAAGAAGAAAAUGAAGUGGAAUUUUCAGAAAAUGUCAGCAAAAAGAAAAAGAAGAAAAAUAAAAAAGAAGAACUUGCAAAGUCAGUGGGAAUAUUCCAGCUGUUCCACUAUGCUGAUACUUUGGAUAUCAUAUUGAUGAUAAUAGGUUUAGUCUGCUCUGCAGCACAUGGCAUUGCACUACCGAUUAUGAUCAUUGUGUUUGGAGAAAUGACUGAUAGUUUUGUCAGCAGUGGCAUACAAGUAAAUAUCACAGUAAACUCCACACUGAAUGCAAGUAGCUCAGACUGCCCUCAAGUGACUGGGGUGGAUAUUCAAGCAGCUAUGACAAGAUAUGCAUAUUACUUCAUCGCCAUUGGAUUUUCUGUGUUAGUUCUUGCUACAAUUCAGAUAGCAACGUUUCUGCUCAGCUCUUCAAGACAGACACAAAGGAUCCGUGAAAAAUUCUUUUAUGCAGUUCUUCAUCAACACAUGGGCUGGUUUGAUACACAUGAGUUAGGAACAUUAAACACAAGACUGACUGAUGAUGUUAAUAAAAUAAAAGAAGGCCUUGGAGACAAAAUCUGUAUCUUUCUUCAGUUCUUCUGUACCUUCAUAUCAGGGAUAAUCAUAGGAUUUGUCUAUGGAUGGAAGCUUACAUUGGUUAUUUUGUCGGUCAGCCCUCUCAUUGGAGUAUCAGCAGCUGUGUGGUCAAAGGUUCUGGCCACUUUGACUUCAAAAGAACUAACAUCCUAUGCAAAGGCAGGUGCAAUCGCUGAAGAAGUUCUGGUUGCAAUACGAACUGUUGUUGCUUUCAAUGGACAACAUAAAGCUUCUGAAAGAUAUGAAGCAAAUUUGGUAGAAGCUAAACAGCUUGGAGUGAAAAAGUCCAUAACAACAAAUGUAUCACUUGGAUUGUCACAGUUCUUUAUAUUUUGUGCUUAUGCUCUGGCAUUUUGGUAUGGGACAAAGCUUGCCAUUGAAGAACCUGAAAAUUAUUCUAUUGGGAAAGUACUUAUUGUGUUCUUUUCUGUGAUCAUUGGGACAUUUUCACUGGGUCAGGCUUCACCCAAUUUAGAAAGCAUAGCAAGUGCUCGUGGAGCUGCAUAUGAAGUGUACAAAACAAUCGAUGAGCCACGGCCAAUUGACAGCGGUUCUAAAGAAGGACACAAACCAGAUCGGAUAAAAGGUGACAUUGAAUUCAAGAAUAUUCGUUUUAGCUAUCCAACAAGGCCUGAUGUAAAGAUUUUGCAGGGAUUGAAUCUGAAAGUGCAAAGUGGAACAACAAUUGCCUUGGUUGGAGCCAGUGGCUGUGGAAAAAGUACAACAAUUCAACUUCUACAACGAUUCUAUGACCCUCUAGGUGGAGAAAUCACUCUUGAUGGACAAGACAUUCGCACCCUUAAUGUCAAAUGGCUAAGGGAGAAUAUUGGUAUAGUAAGUCAAGAACCAGUGCUUUUUGCCACAACCAUUGCAGAAAAUAUACGAUAUGGCAGAGAAGAUGCAACAGAUGCAGAAAUUGAGCAAGCAAUUAAAGAGGCCAAUGCCUAUGAUUUUAUAUCUAAGCUUCCUGAUGGCUUAAAUACCAUGGUUGGGGAAAGAGGGGCACAGCUAAGUGGAGGACAGAAGCAGAGGAUUGCCAUUGCUCGGGCUAUUGUCAAGAAUCCAAAAAUUCUUCUCUUGGAUGAAGCAACCUCAGCCCUCGAUAAUCAGAGUGAAUAUAUUGUCCAGACAGCUUUAGAUAAGGCAAGAGCUGGUCGGACUACAAUUGUUAUUGCUCAUCGAUUAUCUACAAUCAGAACAGCUGAUAUUAUUGCUGGGUUUCAAAAUGGAGUUGUUUGUGAGCAAGGAACCCACAGUGAGCUAAUGGAAAAAAAAGGAUUGUACUACUCCCUUGUCAUGCAGCAGAGUAUGAAAAGCAAAGAUGAAGAUAACGAGUAUGAGUCUGAUGAGAUGGAUGAAACAGAAGAUGAACUAGAAGUUCUUGAAAAUGAGAAUGCUGGUGAUUCUGAAAUUAAAAGCACAAGAAGUCUCAGCAGGAGAUCAAUACGACGGAGAUCUACAGCUAGAGGUUCCAGACGAUCACUAAAGAAGAAACAAAAGGAAGGAGAGGAAGAUGAAAAUCUCCCUGAGGCAUCAUUUCUUAGAAUACUAUCUCUAAAUAAAAAAGAGUGGCACUACUUAAUGGUUGGACUGCUGGCUUCUUUAAUUUGUGGAGCCGUGUAUCCAUGUUUUGGGAUAAUAUUUGCAAAGAUUAUUGGAGUGUUUGCUGAGACUGAUCCUGUGGUAAAGAGUCAAAAAACAAUCCUGUUUUCACUCCUAUUUCUGCUGCUUGGUGCAAUUUUAUUAGUGGCAAUGUCCUUGCAGGGAUACACAUUUGGAGUGUCUGGUGAGACUCUGACUUUGAAACUGAGAUCACUUUCUUUUAAAGCAAUAUUGAGACAAGAGAUCAGUUUUUUUGAUGAUCAUAAGAAUAGUGUGGGCGUUUUGAUAACAAGACUUGCAACUGAUGCCUCUCUUGUCAAAGGGGCUGGUGGUUCAAGACUUGGACUAGCUAUUCAAUCCAUCUGUAGUCUUUUAAUUGCUGUAAUCGUCGCAUUUGUAUUUAGCUGGCAGUUAACUCUCCUUAUCUUAGCCUGCAUUCCAUUUCUUGUUGGAGCCAACUUCAUUCGAAUGAAAUCUGUGGCUGGCCAUGCUUCCAAGGAUCAAAGUGCUCUAGAAGCCUCUGGAAAGAUUUCCACAGAAACUGUUGAAAAUAUCAGAACUGUUGUGUCAUUAACACGUGAAGAAAUAUUUUUCAAAAUGUACUGCAAAAGUCUAAGAGGUCCAUACAGGGCAGAACUGUAUAAAUCGCCACUCUAUGGUCUAACUUAUGCUAUUGGCCAGUCAAUUAACUUUUUUGUAAAUGCUGCAGUUUUCCGAUUAGGAUCAUGGCUUAUUGCACAUUGCCAAACACAAUUUGAAAAUAUGUAUAUAGUUUUCUCUGUAAUUGUAUUUGCGGCAAUGCAAGUUGGACAGUCAUCAUCUUUUGCACCAGAUUUGGGUAAAGCUAAAGUAUCAGCCCAGAGAAUAUUUGCUCUACUAGAGAAGAAGCCAAAGAUUGACAUAUAUAGUACUGAAGGUCGAAAACUGGAUCAUUUCGAUGGCAACAUUGAAUUCCAAGAUGUCCACUUUGCUUACCCUACUAGAAAAAAAGUACAGGUGUUGCAAGGACUUAAUGUGAAGGUUUCCAAAGGACAAACACUUGCACUGGUGGGAAGUAGUGGAUGUGGGAAAAGCACUUCUGUUCAGCUUCUUGAAAGAUUUUAUGAUCCAAUUAAUGGACACGUGCUUGUAGAUGGAAAUGACAUUACAUCUUUGAACCUUGCCUGGUUACGAUCACAAAUAGGCAUAGUUUCCCAAGAACCCAUUCUGUUUGAUACAUCUAUUGCUGAAAAUAUUAGAUACGGAGAUAACAGUAGAAGCGUGACACAAGAAGAAAUUGAAGAAGCAGCAAAGAAAGCUAACAUCCACAGUUUUAUUGAAGAUUUACCACAGAAAUACAGUACCAAAGUGGGAGACAAGGGAGCACAACUUUCAGGAGGACAAAAGCAGAGAAUUGCGAUUGCACGUGCCUUGCUUCGAAAUCCAAAGGUGCUGCUUUUGGAUGAGGCCACAUCAGCACUUGACACAGAAAGUGAAAAGAUAGUCCAGGAGGCCUUGGAUGAAGCCAGGCAAGGGCGCACUUGCAUAAUUAUUGCACAUCGCUUAUCGACAAUUCAAAAUGCUGACAUCAUUGCAGUAAUCAGUAAUGGAGAAGUAGUUGAGCAGGGAACUCAUAGUGAACUGAUUGCUAAAGGUGGUGCUUACUAUGCACUUGCUAAUGCUCAAAGUGGACAUUAGUAUCAGUGUGGACUGCUGUUAAAAGACUCUGGCAAAGAUGAUGUUUUUGAUCAAGUCAAGAUGAAAUAUCCUUCUUGCUCUGCUGGCUGCACUUUUAAUUUUCCCCAGAAUUAAGAAAAGACUGUUGCAUAAGAUAAAUUAGCAGUUAGCCUUGUCAAUUUGGUAAAGAUUUUCAGUAUAAAAAUGUGUAUUAUAAGAGAAAAUUACCACUCAAUAUGUUGCCAAAAUAGAUUACUCUCAGCCUUCUCAGGUAAAAAAUAAGAGUUCAAUAUAGAUUUUGCUGAUUGUAAUUAAUAUUUCUUAGUCACUGUUUCUUUACACUGCUGUAUUCUCACAUUAAGAUUUCUUUACACAAGAAAAGAUGUGAUUUUACUUUGGCAUGCUAUGCAAUUUAUUUUUGCCUAAAACGUUUAGCAUUCGGAGAGUUAGCUCUAAAUGAACUAUAAUUCAACAAACAUACUGCUGUAAUAACUUCUACUUUGUAUCUUGAAAGCUGGGGGAAUAUUAUAUAUAAUUGUGCAUCAAGAUAAAAAUGGAUCUGGAAGUGGCCAAACUAAACCUGUUAUUUGAAAGAACAUUCUACUGGUGGCAGUGUAACUGGUAGUCA